AUUAUAUAAACUGGUAUGGAAUAUUUUAAUUGAGACACUAAUACAGAAUUGUGUUAAUUAAAUAAAUUUGAAAGUGAAUUGUCAAUAUAUAAUUUAGGUCAUUACAGUAUGAAUUUCACGGUAAUAUUGUAAUCAAAGAUGUAAAUUUGUAAAUUACCCAAGUGAACGGACAUGGGCUAAUUUUAAAGUUUUGCGGUGGUGGUUUAUAUAAAUAUCCAUUAUCGCCAAACGACACAGUUUAGUCCUUUCGCACCUAGUCAUGCUGAAACUAGUCGCUUUAGCAGCGAUACUCUGUGUAGUCAGUGCGCUAGACUUCAAUUGGAAGCAACCCCCGCCAGCUACCCACGACAAUUGGGUUGCAACAAUCAAGAGGCAAAAUCAUCAUGAAGCGAAUCACCACGACCCCGAUUCUUAUUUAUGGAAGAAAGCUAAAUGGGAUGCCAUAAAAAAAUUGUUAUGGGAGUUAUGGUGGAAUAAAAAGUUAAGCAGUCUUAAGAAAAGUCUUGAAAAAGCUCAUCAAUAUAAAGCACAUCAUCCUCCACCAAAAAAACCACAAAUAUAUCACCAAGUACAUAAACCACAAAUUCAUCAUGGUAAUAUUUGGAAACAAAGCGUUGAAAAUGCAAAUAUAAAAACGCAACCUCAUCAACACGGAUAUUAUCAAUGGGUGAAGGUGGGGCCGCGGAAAGAGAUGAAAAAGCAGAAUGAACACGUAGAUGAACAUCUCCAACGCGAAGAUAAAGAAGAAAAACACGAACGAAGGAAGCAAUAUCACGAACAACGUCAAGAACAGAUGCAACCUAAGCAAGAACAAGAACAAGAAGGUCGUUGGGUAUGGACGCAGCAGCAACAGAAGGAAGCUCAAAAAAUGAAUCCCGAAGAUCAAAAAUACCAACAAGAAUUUUUCGAUUGGGUACAACAACAGCACGAAAAAAAAAUGCAGGAACAAAAUCAAAAAACGAAUCAGAAAACUCCUACACAAUAUGAGUAUCGAUAUGAAAGAAAACAAGAACAACCUAAACAAGAAGAACGUAAACAAGAAAAACAACCUGAAGAGAAACAACAAGAAUAUCGUUACGAGCAACGUUAUGAAAUGGUGGAGGAAGAACCGAAACAAGAACAAAAAUCACAACCAGAAAUGCAAGAAAAUUAUAACUGGCAAAAUUGGCAACCACAAAAACUUGAACAAAAUAACGAACAUCAAAUAAAGGAAGAAGAGGUGCGUCAACGCGAACGUCAACAGAAACAACAAGAAGAACAACAUUAUCGUCGUAUGCAAAAACAACGUCAAGAAGAAGAAGAAGAAAAGCAAUAUCAAGAACAAAGAAAGCAACAACAAGAACAAAGAAAACAGCAACAAGAAAAACAACGUCAACAACAACAAGAACGUCAACGUAAACAAGAAGAAGAAGAACGAUAUCAACGCGAACAACAACAGUUGCAACAAGAACGGGAAAGAUUACAAGAAGAACGUGAAAAAUUGCAACAAGAAAGAGAAAAGCAACAACAAGAAGCGCAACGUCGAAAACAAGAGGAAGAAGAACAAUACGAACGUCAACAAAGACGAAAAGAGCAAGAAGAAAAAAGGCAACGGCAGGAACAAAGGAAGCAACAACAGGAAAGAGAACGUCAAGAAGAAGAAAAUCGUCAAAGAAAACAAGAAGAAGCUCAACAACGUUAUCGGGAAGAGAAACGGAGAGAACAAGAACAGCAACAGCAACGUGAAGAAGCGAAACAACAACAAGAAUAUCAAAGAAAACAGCAAGAAGAGAUGGAACGAGAAAAAGAGCAACAAGUUGAAAGACAAUAUCAUCAACAAGAAGAACGUCAAAAACAACAACCACAAAGUUAUAGUUGGAUAAAUUGGAAUGGUGUAGUAUCAGAAGGGCAUCAACGGAAUGAAGGAGAACAACAAAAAGAAAGGGAAGAUAAUGCAGAGCAACAAGAACGUCAAUCACAAAGAGGACAAGAACAUCAAUCAGAAAGAGAACAAGAACAUCAACAAGAGCGACAAUAUCAACGUGUUGAAAAGUCGCAAAGAGAAAGACAGGAUGAAGUACAAGGAGGACAACAUCAACAACCUGAAAGUUAUAGUUGGAUAAAUUGGAAUGGUGUAGUAUCAGAAGGACAUCAACGGAAUGAUGGGGAACAACAAAAGGAAAGGGAAAAUAAUGGAGGACAACAAGAACAUCAAUCACAAAGAGGACAAGAGCAUCAAUCAGAAAGAGAACAAGAGCAUCAAUCAGAAAGAGAACAAGAAAAUCAAUCACAAAGAAAACAAGAAAAUCAACAACAAAGACAACAUCAACAAGAUGAACGAGAAUAUCAACAACCACAAAAACAACAAACCGAGGAAGAAAAUAGAGAACAAAAUCAUCAAAGUUCUGAAGAAAUACAAGAAGAACGUUCUCAAGAACAAAACAAUAAAGAAAAUCAAAAUCGUCGAACUGAAAAACAAGAAAAUAAUAAUAACCGAGAAGAAAAAGAAGAAGAAGGUGAAGAUGAAGAUGGUAGUUGGAAAUGGAUUAUGGAAGAUUGGACACCAAAUUGGUUUAAAGAUUUUAAAGAUUCCUAUUCAUCGAAUGAAAAUGAAAGAAAACAAGGUGAUGGAGAAGAAGAGGAAGGAUCGGAAUACAAUAGUGGAAGUCAAGAAGGGAAUAGUAACGAACAAGAAGGUGAAGAGGAAGAGAGGGAAGAAAAAAAUGAUGGGGAUCGAAAAAAGCGUCGGGGAAAACGAGAAAUAAUGAUUGAUGAUGAAGAACAAUGGAAAUGGAUGAAGGAAAUGAUGGGUGAACAAUUACAAAAAGCGUCUGAAUUGCGCCGUACGAGAGAUGUAGAUGGAGACGGAACAUAUAAAUUAAGAAUCUUGAAAAAAACUGCUGAUAGAGCAGAGGAUGGUCUUAAAUUAGAAGUGCGAAGAGGUGUUUCGGUAACCAGGCGUAACGCGGAGAAUCCUGCAGCGAAGGCCUUUAGUUGGUAUCAUGGUGGAAACGAAGAUUAAUAACGAAACUCAAAUUAUCAGAUAAACUAUGCAUAAAUUAUAAAUUCUUAUUGUUGAUGUUGCUAAAUAGAUAGUUUUGUAUAUACUUACGAAUAAAUUAUUUUUGUUUUGUUACAUUAUGCGCCUUUUAUUAAUUAUUUCGAAAAUUUAAACCUUGUUACACGCUCAUUAAUCCCCAAUUAUCAUAAAUCAACUCUCGCAAUCCUAAAGAAAUAUUUAGAACAACAAACUAUUACAAAAUCGACAAAAACUAACUAUCUAAAUAUCAUAA